GAUGCUAGGGCGUUGUUGCCGUGGUAUCCCCAGUAGUUAGUUUGUAGUGCUUUAGUGUUAUUUUAUUUACUUUUUCCGUUCACUAACUAUAAAAUAUGGUUCGCCAGUGCCAAGUUUGCAAAAAAUUGGACUAUCACAGUCCUGGGACAAGUUUCCACCGGUUUCCCGCAGAUCCGCUAAUAAGAAACCAAUGGUAUUCUAUUGUUGGUGUCGCAGAAAAUGAACGUUUGCCGAAAAUACCACAUAUUUGUUCUGAUCAUUUUGAUCCUCAAGACAUUGCAUUGAAACCGAAUGGUCAUCGAAUCAUUAAACCUGGUUCUUUACCUGUUAGCGAUCCUGUAUUUUUAGAGCCUUUGUCAGAUAGUUCAGAUUGUUCAAGUACCAGUACCCCUCCUAGAGUUUAUCCAAAAUCUCCAGAUUCUUCAAGAACCAGUACCCCUCCUAGUGUUUACCGAGAAUCUUCAGAUUGUUCAAGUACCAGUACGCCUCCUAGAGUUUAUCCAAAAUCCUUGGAAAGUAUAUCUGAAGUAGGUACUUCUAUUGAAAUGCCAGUUGCUGCACCAUCAGGCUGUGAUAUAUCUCCUUUAUCAGACUCUCCGUAUUCAGACAAAGAAGAUGAUUCCUCAAUAUCUGAUUCAGUCUCUGAAUCUGAACAAGAACUAAAUAAAUACUUUGGGGUAAACAAUAUUAACCAAAGGUUUAAAAUAGACACACACAGGGCUCAUAAGAGAGUGGCAAAUAUACAAGAAGUGUCUCCUCUUAUUGAAGAACCAGUUGCACCAUCAGCUACUAUAUCUCCUUCGUCACUUGAUUUAAACAAUGAAGAUAAUUCUUCUGCAACUGAAACUACCGAAACGGCCUCUGAAACAGAACAUGAGCUGCUUAACUGCAUUGAGGUAACAACUACAGCCAAAGAGUCGGGAGUAGAAGGAGUUCGUAAUUGGAAACCAUUUUAUACUGAUGAACUGGAAAUCAGUGAUUUUGAUACACCGAAAAAACGGAGAAAAAAUGUAUGCAUUAUUAAGAAAGCUGCUACCAGCCAUAGAAAAACUAUACACAAAUUGCAGAAGAGAGCGAGGAGAUUGAAUAUAAAAAUAUCAUCUUUACAAGUUCUCCUUAAAACUUUAAAAGAAAAGUAAUUGAUAUCCAGAUAAUCUUCACAGCCAGUAAUUGAAGCUUCAUUAUCUGGUAUUGCAGUAUUAGAUAUUUUUGAAGGAAUGAUAAGAGAUUCGCGCAAACGGAAGCAUAAUCUAGUCUUAGGUCUUUUGCUUUGUCCGCUAUCAUUUUAUUCACCGACGGGCUACAAUUUUGAUUAGCAAACAUUGACUAAAUCACUGCCACAUUUAGGCACAAUUUCAAAGUGGUACAGAUCUGUAGAUGGUAGCGCAGGCUUUACAAAAAAAGCUCUGUUGGCCUUGUUAAAGCAGAGGAAGUCGCCAAAGCCAUAUAAUUAUGCAAUUUGGUUUUAGACGAAAUGUCUAUUACACGGCAGGUUGCGUGGUCAGGACACAAAUUUACUGGCUAUAUUGACAUUGACACCACGGCGCCAGUGUAGAGGGAGAUGUGAUGUGCCCCCAGAAGCUAAAGAGGCACUGGUUUUUAUGUUAGUGUGCCUUAGUGCUUCUUAGAAAAUACUAUUAACUGUAAACUGUAAACUGUAAACAGGUAUCUUCUUUUAGGUGGUUUAUCAGCAUGUGAAAGCUGAUUUAACUGGUUUAGUUAAAAAAUGUUUGCUUUAAAUUGACCCAAAAACAAUUCGAUGUAGUCAUGUGAAAGCUUGUACAGGGUGGGUCAAAUUCGACACUUUUAAAUGGAAACACUCUUUUCUAUAGGAGACAAAAACUAA